UAGUGGGACAGCAUUUACUUAAUGGGAAGAAAGAUCUGGAGACAUUUCUGUGUAGACUUUAAAUAAUGAAUUAACUACACAUAUAACAUUGGUUCUUUUUCCUCAUGAUAAUUAUAAAGAAUAAAAAACAGUUAUAAUUUGCAGAAAUUUAUUCCAAAUCUUCCUUAUGAACUGAUCAUUAAUUGGUGAAUUAGCAUUGGCAAAGUCAUCUCAUCAUCUAACUGUACAUGAAAAAAAAAAUGCAUGUUAUGACAGCUUUGUAAUAAAUAAACAUGGAAAAUCAAACCACAGUGUCUUACUUUCUGCUGCUGGAAUUCUCAAAAAAUCAGCAUAUGCAGCUUUUGCAUUUUUUCUUGUUCUCUGUGUUAUAUCUGGCAACUGUAACAGCAAAUAUUCUCAUCAUAUCUGCAGUUGCUUUUGACCAUCGACUGCAAAGCCCCAUGUACUUCUUUCUCAUGAAUUUGGCUCUACAUGACCUAGGCAUUGUUUCAGUCAUUGUGCCCAAAUCCAUGAUAAAUUCUCUCAUGGAUACCAGACACAUCUCUUACUUUGGUUGUGUUGCUCAAAUCUUUCUCUUUAUGUCAUUUGAAGCUUCUGAUUUCUCCCUCCUGACAGUGAUGGCAUAUGAUCGGUAUGUUGCCAUUUGCCACCCACUGCACUAUGAGAUGGUGAUGAACUGGAAAUACUGUACUGAAAUAAUAAUUCUAGUGUGGGUUACAGGUCUCCUCUAUGGAAUUUUGCAUACCACUGGCACGUUUUCUAUCCUUUUUUGUUCUAAUGUUGUUAAUCAAUUCUUCUGUGAAAUUCCACAAUUACUAAAACUAUCCUGCUCUGGAUUAAAUCUACUUGAGUUUGGAAUUCUUGUGGCCAGUUUCAUUGUUGUAUUUGGUUGUUUUACUUUUAUAGUUGUAUCUUAUGCAUUGAUAUUUAAGGCAGUGUUUAGAAUCCCUUCUGAGCAAGGAAGGCAAAAAGCCUUAUCUACCUGUAUUCCCCACCUCACAGUAGUGUCUAUGUUAUUAUUAAAUGGAUGCCUUGCCUAUAUGAGACCUUCCUCUAACACACCAUCUUUCUUAGAUAUUGGGUUGACUGUUCUGUAUGCCCUCCUUCCACCUCUGUUCAAUCCAAUCAUCUAUAGCAUGAGAAAUAAGAACAUCAAAUGUGUCCUUUCUCAACUGUGGAGAUUUUGAUCAAUUCUUUUAAUGUUGUUUAUAGUCUCUUCACCAUAAGUUUUUUAAAUUUUCCUGUCUUUUGUUUUACUUCUGUGAAUAAAAGAAUAUAGUAGAAAGAGAUAGUUGGGUGUAGCAAAUCUAGCCUCUCAAACCAAAAGAACCUAGCUGUCGAUAGUUGCUUAGCCUACAUUUCUAAUUACUGUCAAAACACUUUACAGAUGCUAAAUAUGGAUCUUUGGCAGCUCUGGCAUUCCAUAGGCUGACAAUUCCUGUUGUUUACUGAAGUGAAUACAGAAUGUAAUGGAAUUGGUGGUAUGAGAAGUUUUAUAUCAAAAUAUAUUUUAUUGUUUAUAUUGUUUCCAUCUUCCCUUAAAACAUUAACAGAAUGGGCUGAGAAUUAGCAUCUCUAUUAGAUAAUUGACAGUCCAGUUGAAACUGAUUUUUUAAAAAGCAAAAUCUUUUUUUUGGGGGGGGAAUACCUUUUAUUCAAACUUUUUCAAACUACCAAAUAAGUUACCCAGACUUAAUCCAUAUAUUAAAGGAUAAAGUCUGUAAACACAAAUAGAAUUAAUUAAAUUAGUUCUCCCAGCAAAACUACAUAUUUGUAAGAAUAAACAGCAUAGAUGACAUACCUACACACACACACCUCAAAUGUCACCCUAGAAUCAGCACACAGAUACUUCCACACCUCAGACUAACUCCCCUAUAAAAGUAUGUCACUGUACCCCAUUUCUCUGGAACUGCCCUUAAAGGCAAACUCUUUGCUUUUAGAAAUAAAUAUUUCUCCUUUCCUCA